AUGACAGAAGCCGAGACUUCUGAGCAGCAUCUGCUCACCGACCCCACCACCACAUCGGCCGAUGAUUUCGGCCUGAAGCCCGACCCGGACACAAUAAAAAUGUUCGUGGGCCAAAUCCCGCGGCAUUGGGGCGAGAAGGAGUGUAUGGAGUUGUUCGGCGAAUUCGGCAAAGUCUACGAAUUGAAUGUGUUGCGCGACAAGUCGUCGCAACUUAGUCGCGGCUGUUGUUUCGUGACGUUUUAUAAGCGACAGGACGCGAUUAACGCGCAGAAUGCGCUUCAUAACAUACGGGUUUUGCCACAAAUGAAUCAUCCGGUCCAAAUGAAGCCGGCUGAUGUUGAGAAUCGGAAUGGUAAGAACAAAAUUGGAAUUUUUAGGGUUGUAGGGGUGGAUUUUUCGGCACAGAGGAAAGAGGGGGGGGAGAGAAAGGGAGUGCAUUUUUAAAACAUUGUUCAAAAAAAUGUGAGCCCAGUCGCAAAAAUUGUUGUUCUGGACUUCCAAACCUGACUAGCCAAUUUCAAGCCUAAGCAUAUCAAUAAUAAGCCUAAGACUACUGAUUCCGAGCUUACUAAGCCUAAGUCUACUAAGCCUAAGCCUACUAAGAAUAAGCCUAAGCCUACUAAUCCUAACCCUACCAAGCCUAAGUACAUAUAAGCCUAAGCAUUUUCAGAAAGAAAACUCUUCAUUGGCAUGUUAUCCAAGACAAUGGGCGAAGAAGAAGUCAAAGAGAUGUUCAAAGAGUUCGGUCAAAUCGAAGAAUGCACCGUGCUACGCGAGGACGGCAAGAGUCGAGGUAAGCAUCGUACUGUACUUGUCUAUACAUGUUCGACAAAUGUUGUAGCAUUCCUAUUUUCUGCUUAUUUCCGUUCGAUUUACUCGUAUUUUGGUCCAAUUUUUGUCAUAUUCGGCUUUGAUGGGCAUGGUGAAUAUGUUGGCGUUUUGAUAUUAUAAUUGGUAAAAAAUAGGUGUACAAUGAGUUUAAUUUAGGUAAAAAAGAUUCGGAAAUCUAACAAAAUAGCUUUCUAGACUAUAAAAUCAAGGUUUCGUACUGAAACAUAUUAAUUUCUGAUGUUAACCAUCUCUCAGCACGCAUGGUUAAUAUCGAGGCGACUUGAUAUGUUAUUGGAUGCAAAAUACCGUAAAAUCACAGUAUGUUGAAUAAAAAAUAAGGGGUUAUAUUAUAGAAUGAAAGUUAAAAACAAAAAAGCUUAUUUUCAAGCCGAAACUUAUCAUUUUCCAACAUUAACCUAUAUUAACCAUAAUGGAUAAUAUAAAGACCCCUUUUAGCAUGAAAACAAUUAUGAAACAAAUUGAAAUUAAAGUCAAUUAUGUAAAAAAGACUACUGAAUCCAUAAAAAUUUGUUUUAGUCCAAGUAAAAUUCGUUUUCAUACCAAAAUCAAUCAUUUUCCGCCACCAACCUAUAUUAACCAUGAUGGUUAAUAUCCGAAACUCAUUUCAAUUCACAAAAAUAAGUUCUUUACCCAAACCACAUUCCAAAUAUGCCAAAAUUUACCAUGCUCACAUAAAAAUUACUGUAAAAACGUCUGUCUCGUACUAAUGUUUUAACAAUUUGAUCAGUUCGGCCAAAGUGGUUGUACAUUAUGUCAUGUUGAACAUGGGUAUAUAUGUCCCAUUAAGCAUGGGUAUAUUAACAAAUGAAUCUUUUGUUCGGAGCCGGUUCUAUGUUUGACGUGAUGGGUUCUUCUACGUUUUUCAUGUUUCGGUAGUUUCGGGGUUCUUGAGAGCUGCGCCCGAGUUGCGCAGGCUGCAGGAUGAAAAUUUUGGAAAUUGGCGGGAAAAUGAAAUUUAAAUUUUUGUAAAAUACGAUACCUUAAAAUGUGACUUUUAAACUGAUUUUUACAAUUUUUUUUUAAAGUCAUAUUAGGUUGUUCAAAUAAAUUUGUGCCCCUGUCGAAAAUUAGCUUUGAAAGGGGGCGCAGAAUUAUUUGAACAACCUCGUAUUACCAGAAAAGUCACGUUAAGCCUAAAAAUGCCAUUUUAAAUCAAAAAAUGCCGUUUUUAAGCCUAAACAAGCCAUGUUCAGGCCAAAAAUUACCAUUUCAAACCCAACAUCAACCAUCUACUGCCAUAACAAGAACCAACAUGUUCAAAUGUCUAUGUCACUGCCAUUGUUACCUUCUUUUUUUUCUUUCACCAACCGUUUACUCGUUAUUUUAGGAUGUGCUUUUGUGACGUUUGUGAGUCGUUCUUUUGCCCAUCAGGCGAUCAAAGCUAUGCACCAGUCGAUGACAUGCGAGGUUCGUCACUUGUUUGUUCAAAGUUUUUUUUUUAUUUUGAUUUUACAAACAACCCUUGAGUUUUCGUUCUCCAUUAACUUUGGGCUUUGCUUUCGAUACUAAACCCCAGUAUUAACACCUGUUCAGGAGAUUAGUGAAGUUUGAGGGGAUUGAAAAGGAAAACAACCUUAUUUUUGGUUGAUUUCGAGGAAAAAACAACAAGAUUUAUAUUAUUAUUAUUAUAUUGGCCUACUUGGAAAACAAAAUUUUUUAGCUUUAAUGGCCAAAACUUGCCAAGAAAUCGGUUGAUUUUGAUAAUAAAUAGAAAAAGAACGAAGAACUUCAUCAAAAAUUUUAUGGUGGAUAUACCUAACUUUAACAAGUUUUUUUCCUAUUCAACCGUUUCAAGUUAGUGCCAACUUAAUUUUAAUACAUUUAAAAUAUCGCUAAGAAUAUUAGAAGCCUUAAAAAUUUUAAAACAACUUGAGUUUGAACCAUAAACAUCAAAAGAUUCAGAAAUCACCAAAAAUGUGAUGGUGAAUAUCUUUAACUCAAGUUUUUUCAACUUCUACCAUAAAAAAUGAAUGCCAAUUUAGAUUGUAUACUUUAACAAUACUCCUAACAACAAUUGACACGUUUUAAAUUACUUUAUUGUCCAGUUUUGAAUGAGUUACAUCAAAAACAAGCUAAAGUAACAUCAAAAAUUUAAGAACCAAAUGCAUUUAUCUUGGCAUUUCGGAAUUUUAAACUCCUAAAACAUAGUAAAAACUAUCAAAACACAUUCCAAGUACUAUAGAGAAGGUUUAGGCUUUCGUAAGCUUUACAAAAUAUGUGUUUUCAAAUUAGUUAUUUGUUGUUUUCUUCUAAAAUUAUCAAAAUUUUAAAAAUUUGAUGUCAAAUUUUUAGGGAUGCAACAAACCAAUUGUGGUAAAGUUUGCCGAUACCCAAAGAGACAAAGAGAACAAGGUGAAACAACCCAGUUCAGCUUCACCGCCUGCGGUGGCUGAUCAGACCGCCUUGUUGGCUCAGGUAAGCGAUAUUACUAUGGCUGAGGGUAGGGCAGCUUUUUAAAAUUUAACAAGACGUUUUGGGUGUGGUAGAUUUAGAAAACGAAGCUAAGGGAAAGGGGAGGGGGUAAGGUUAAAGUGAAUUGUUGUUAAAGCGCCAGAACUUCAUAAAACAAAUUUUUUUAGCUUCUGAAGACCUCUCAAACUGGACAAACCAACAAUAUCACGUCACAGUUGAUGGGAAUCAACACCUUGUUACAACAACCAGGAAUUUUGAAUCUCAUUGGAACAGGUAAGAACAUCAAAAGCUUCAAAUCAACCCUUCAAUUUUAAGAAAUCAAAUUAAAAAUUGAAAAAUAUUACCUAAAACAACAUUAUCUCAAACUUUAUGCUUUUUCACAAAACCGACAAGCCAAGUACUUCGAUUUCUAUGUAAAAUACGCUUCCCUAUUUCAAAAAGAAACUCAUUUUCAAAAUUUUAAGUAAUCUCAAGUUUGGCCACGGUCCAAACUCCGGGUACCAAUUCAGAAGGCCAGUCUGGCUCCCAAUCUCAAGCUCAGAGUAGUAAAAGUUCAGAAGGUAGAUUAGAGUGACGUUAUGUAACAUACAAACUGUCUCUGCAAUAUAACACUCACAUUGAACUUCAAUUGACGUGAAAUUACCUAUUCUUCACAUAGUCUAACAUAUUAAUCAAUAUCUGACCAAAUUUGAAGUGAUUAACCUCGAAAACAUUUUGAAAAGUUGUUAAAAAUAAUUAAAAAAAGUGUGGAGAACUAUUAACAGCCUGAAUCAAACCUAAAUGUAAUAUAAAUCACCUAACAUACGACGAUUUCAGUGCCAACAGCUCAACUACAACUGAAUGCCAUGAUACAGCAACAAAAAGUGCUAGAAUUGCUACGACAAAAUCAACAAAAAGACGCCAAUUUAAGCCUACAACAAGUUCUCAUGUCCCAGAUGCCACAGACUCAUCAACAGUACGCUCAACUUCCCUCUAUCAGCCCACAGCCUACACUGGGCUUCAACACGGGUAAGUUAAUAUAAACAUGAAGUUUCUGGAAAACCAGAUUGCUUUUGAACUAAAUUUAUGUAUCUAGUAGUUGAACACUGAAAAUAUCUAUCUAAAAUCAAACAAAGAAUGGCAGAAACAAUUGUGAAAAGGCUGGAAGACAUAAAUUUCGAUAUUACGCUAGGUAAAAGUGGUGUUACCUUCGAAUUUCGUUAAAUUAUGAGGAAUUACCUGCCUAUAUCAAUUUCUUAUUCUUAUCCAAAAUUAGCCAAUCCAAUAAUGUACCUAAAAACAGAAAAGGAAUAAUCAACCUUAUCAAUUGGGCGCAAGACAUCCAUUUCCAUAUUACACUUCCGGAAACUGGCCUAACUUCCAGUUUUAUGAACCUAGAAGCAGUUUUUAAUAUCCUAAAGCAAUUUUUUAUAAAACACGCGACAAAAUAUUUAAAAUAACACUGUUUAGAGUUAACAAUUUGCCAAAAAUCGUUAGAAACUUUCAGUUUUAUCAAAAAAUCUUUGAAAAAUCGAAAAAAAUCGAAAAAAUAAAAAUUUGAAAGGUUUUUUGCCGCCAAAAUGUGUAAAUUGAUAAGGAAUAGAAACUACUUGAUGUAGUUUGUAAAAAGGCUAGUAAAAAUAUCGUUUACAUAUAUUAUGACCUAUUUAAUUCGUUAAAAUUGACAUUCUCCACCCAUAACCUACAAUAAUAUAAUUUUAGCCCAAGACUCCACCUCACCACAGCCUCAACUUCAAGCCUCGGGCUACGAUGAAACUGCCAUUUUGCUACAACAACAAAAACUCAACCCUUAUCAACAACUGAGUUAUGCCACAACCACAGCCGGUGUUAUGAAUCCAUUGGCCGCGACGGCCGCGGUUUCUUCGCCUUUGACGACCAUAAACGCGUCAAUUCAGCCCCAAUUGAACCUGAUUGCUCAACAACAACAAGCUCAAAAAGCGCUGAUGGCGGCGGCUGGUGCUGUGAACAAUGGGCAGAGUAAAGGGCCUGAAGGGGCAAAUUUGUUCAUCUACCAUCUACCUCAAGAUUUCAUGGAUUCUGAUUUGUAUCAGCUGUUUCAUCACUUUGGCACGAUCAUUUCGUCAAAGGUUUUUAUUGAUAAGCAGACGAAUCUUAGCAAGUGCUUUGGUAAGUGUUAUUUUGUUAAAGAUUUGUGAAAUUGAGGAGAUAUAGGCUAUUUAUGUUUUGUUAGACAUCAAAUUCAAAGAACUUGAUGUAAAAUGGUCAAAAAUUUGUAAAAUACGGUGCGAUAGGGUACCAUUCUAAUAAAUAUAGAAAUGCCAGACCUUAUAUUACCUAAAAAUAACUAUUUUUAGGCUUCAUAAGUUAUGACAAUGUGGUAUCGGCCCAAAAUGCCAUAGCGGCUAUGAAUGGGUUCCAGAUCAAUCAGAAGCGACUAAAAGUUCAAUUGAAGCGUACCAAAGGCUCACAACCGUAUCCAACAUCGAACAACGGUCAAAUCAGCGCAUGA